AUGCGUGGAAUCAACGUUUGUGUCUUCGUCCUGAUCGGUUUUCUGCUCCUGUCCAGCAGCCAGGCGGCGCCGUUGGAUGACUCACAGCAGGCAACAAUUUUGCGUUACGAUAACGAAAAUAUCGGCACCGAUGGCUAUAACUUUGCCUACGAGACAAGCGAUGGCGUCACACGCCAGGAGCAGGCCGAGCUGAAGAACGCCGGCACCGAACAGGAGGCGCUCAGCGUGCGAGGCUCCGUCAGCUGGGUGGCGCCCGAUGGCCAGACCUAUACGCUGAACUAUAUUGCCGACGAGAACGGUUUCCAGCCACAGGGUGACCAUUUGCCGCACAACUGA